GGAGGAUCAGAGGAGGAGGAGAAACAGAAACCAAAGAUGAGGGUGCAGGGCAGAAUGGAUACAGUACAACUCAGAUGUCACCAGAGGAGUCGAUCGGAAGUACAGACAGUGUGAGGACGGCUAUGAGGCCGAUCCAGAUUGAUCAUUUUGUGUUGCCACCUCGGGAGGAUUCGGGAUCAGAGCACAGUCGUGCGAGAAAAGACUUCACGUAAAGCACCGAUGGAGGAAACGUCCGUCCUGCAGCGGAAUGGAGGUGUGACGGAGCGGCAGAAGGAGGGAGAUGCCGGAGAUGCUGAAGUGACUGACGGGACAGCAGCAGCUUCAGAGGCGAGCCUCCAACAACGGGGGCUGACAGGCAGGCACAAGUUCCACACUCUGGGGCAUCAGAGACGGACCAAACAGAAGGUGGUGAGCGACUUCACGACCAUCUCCAAGGGCACAUCAGCUGGAGUCAAACCCAGAGCUGCACUCAAGCAAGUUUGGUUCAAUCAGAAUGACAAGAAUGCACCGACUGAGGAGCGCGGCCAGCUGGACCUGCUGAAACAGGCUCUGGUGGGCUACGCUGUCCCUGUGGAUCUGAGGUGGAAAUGGAAGGAGGAGAUUCAGGGAACUACGCUGGAGAAAAGCUGGAAGGAUUUAGUUCAUUCACACUCGACGAUGUCCAAGAUGCAGAGACACCAGCAGGAGGCGCUGUGGGAGUUUGUCCACACAGAACUCACCUACAUCAACAGGAUCAUCAUCGUCACUGAUCUGGUGAUCGCUGCUCUGGUCCACCUGCACCAGCGAGGAUUCCUGCUGGAGGUGAAGCAGGAGAAGCUCUUCUCCAACCUUCCUGACCUCCUCAGUGCUCACAAGCUGUUCUGGCAGGAAGUUCUCUUUCCCAUGUUACAUGAAGUCCGGACCACCGGGAAGCCCUUUGACCCCAUGAAGCUGGAGACAGGCUGUCUGCAGUUCCACCAUCGCUUCUCUUCAUAUCAACACUAUUGCUGGGAGGAAGAAGACAGCCUUGAGUUUGCUCGGCAGCUGAUGGAGACUAACCUUCACUUUGUGACGUAUGUUAAGUGGGUGGAGACUCAUCCUCUGAGUUCCAGGAUGCGUCUCGGGGACAUGCAGGCCAAGCCCCACCAGAGGAUCACAAAGUACCCGCUGCUCCUGAAGGCCGUGCUGAAGAACACUCAGGACCCAAUCAUCCAGCACCGACUCAAAGUAAUGUGGUCAAGUGUCAACACCUUCCUGGAGAGCAUCAACGAGUACCUGAGGCAGAAGGACGAGGAGCUGGCUCUGCACAUCUCUGCCCUCAGGUUGGAGGGGUAUGAGAUGGAGGGCAUCAACGAAGAGAUCGACAAGCAUGUGCGUGAGAUCUGCCGCUUCGACCUGACGUGUCCCAUCAAAGGAGUCGGCCGUGGAGUGGUGCGCAAGCUCCUGCUGGAGGAGAACCUGAAGAUCCGCGGGAGAAAGGACAGCAAGCUGGAAGUGGUGGCGCUGCUCUUCUCUGAUGUUCUCCUGGUGACCAAAGUGCAGAAGAAAGGGGAGAAACUGAAGGUGGUCCGUCCACCACUGGCUCUGGACAGAACCUUCUGCGUGGCCCUCAAAGAUGCCGUUUCCUUCGUUCUUGUGGAGGUCGGGGAGCUUCAGUGCGCCAUGAAUGUCUACAUCUUCACUGCGGGAACCUCAGAAAGAUGCUCCACUUGGGUGGCCACCAUUAAACAGGCAAAGGACAAUCUGAGAAACCUGAGAGACCUGGAGACCAAGAGACAGUGCGAGCACUGGAAGAUUCAGAGGCAGGAGGACAAACCCGCAACGGUGGACGCAAACCCACUGGAGGAGAUGCACGGAACUGAAGACCAGGAUGAACCUUCUCUACAGAGAGCAGGACCUGGGAUCUCUGACCUCACAGGACCGAAGAGCCAGCCUCUGGAGGAAGACCUUGGACUGCCAUUCUGGCAGUUGCCACCGCAGGACCGUCAGCGCGAGGUUCUACAGAAAAGCGUUCCAGGUCGGCAGCAGUCUGUGCCUGAGUGGAUCGAGAUGGGGGUGAGAUCGCCGGAAGCCGGCGGCAGCAACACGGAUGAGGAUGAGACCAUUUUCCCGCUGAGCGACACACGGGCUCGGAACCAGCGGGCUAGGUCUGUCCCACACGUGGGUGUCAACGCAGUCGCCAGACUCCACGGGACCGGACGACACUCCCUGAUUCCAGGUGGGUAUCCAGACGUGGACUACCCCACUGACAUUGAGCCAGGCCAGCCGGACCAGGCGACCAACAACGGUUUUGAAUUUGGGAGAGGUGCCGCAUCGACGAGCAGCAGCUCCACAGUCCGGUCCAGCACCAGCUUCGAUGAUCCUCUAGCUGCUCAGCCGGAGACCCCCACUCAGGUCCGGAGCUUCUACACCAAGCUGACGUCGCCCCGGCUGCGGCGCCGACGACCCCUCACCUCCUAUCACGGCCUGUCAGAUCAGUCCCGCAAGCCAGUUUUGCCAGGCUCUGGUCCCACCUGGUCGGCCUCCUCCAACUCUGACUCUGACAGCAACUCAAAGAAGCCACCGAUCUCAGACGCUCGCAAAGUUCUUAAGCUUGGAUCCCUGAAGUCCAACCAGGGCAUGUUCUGGAACAUGUACGACUCCAGGGAGAGGUCGGAACUGCAAAUCUUUUCCGACACGGAGCUGCCUCAUGUAAAGAACACAAAAAGGCCCAAGCUAAAGCCUGUGAGACGCUCCUCUAUCUCCAACAUAACCACGCAGGAGGAAGCUCUUCCAACCAGGUUCCCACAAGUCAAACAGGCGUCCAACCCAAACGGACACGCGUCACCUCUCGAGGGGCUGCUGGAGAGAGCGAAGGCUCGCAAGGGGGAGCUGUUGAAGAGAGACAGAACCGCCAACCCCUCCCUACGUCCACCGGCGUCUCCAAGCUUCUCCACCACGCCGUCUCCCUCCGCUAGUGAUGUGGACAGAGACACAGAGUGGGAGGACCAGGUGGUGGUCCGAUGCCGAGCGCUGACGGUCAGCAAAGGAUGGAAGGAGCAGUUGGUGGACAGCGACGACGGUGAAGACGAGAGGAACAGUCUGUUGUACUCCAACGGCGUGAACGUGGACUGGUCCGGCUGGUGCUUCGACGACGACGAGGUCAUGGAUCAGUUACAACCCUCAGGUCAGGGACUUCUGGAGGGGAUCACUCAAUCGCUGACCUUUUGGGAUAAUGAUGUGUCGGAGCAGGAGGAGGGCGAGUACAGUCAAGUGUAGCUCUGUAGGACCCUCCAGGUCCAGCUGCUUCUACGUACAUUCUUGUAAAAAUGUGUAUUUUUUUUUCUACUGUAAAUACUGUUUUUAAAGCCACUU